AUGCCUGCUGCAGAAGUGCGCCUGAGACAUUACAUCUCACAUGUAGAACCCGCCCACGUUAGAUCGGCCGCCUCCCCGAGCGCCUACUCCCCCCAGCCCGCAGGACACGGGAGUUCUAUCAGAUCCAGAUGA